AUGCGCACGUCACAAUUCUCAAAGCCGGGGGCCAUCUCAAGACGUUUUCCACGACAGAGUCGGUCGCUUGGCCCGCCAUGGCGGCGGGGCUGUUGUCAGAGGCCGUACGCGACAACCGCCCCGUUGGAGUCGUCCGACAGCCAGGCAGAACGUCCGAAACCUCCGUUUCGCCUCGAGACGGGCAUUGGGCUGUUUGCAAAACGGCCACCGCGGCCCUUCCCUCCACCCUUUACGUCGCCUCCGUCCGGUUCGUUUUCCGAUCCACUCAGCACCCACCACCGAAGCCGUGAUCGGCGCAGCUUCGUCAACGGAGAGCUCAUCAAGGGCUUGACAAACGGAGAUGAUGCGGUCUACGCGAGCGAAUCCUUUAUUUGCGCCAACGAUGGGGUUGGAGCUUGGGCAGUGCGCCCUCGCGGCCACGCUGGGCUGUGGUCGCGGCUAAUUCUACAUUUCUGGGCGGCAGAAGUAGAGAGAGACAUGAGCCAUCCUUCGUCUCGGGACGAACCACAUCGCCCCGAUUCAAUUUCGAUGCUUCAAACGGCCUAUGAAAAGACGCUGGACGCAACGCUUGCCCACGACUGGCAAGGCACGACCACUGCGUGUGGAGCCCAGCUACUUGUUCGACAUGAAAAUGAAGGCUCAUCUGACAAACCAAUGCCGCUUUUGCUGGUGACUCAGCUUGGAGACGGUCAAGUCAUGGUCAUCCGACCGAGAAGCAAAAAGGUUAUUUUCAAAACGGCAGAGCAAUGGCAUUGGUUCGACUGUCCUCGCCAGCUUGGCACCAAUAGUCCGGAUACACCAAAGGACAACGCUGUCACAGAUGCAGUUGAUCUGGAGGUUGGGGAUGUCGUGCUAGCCAUGACCGACGGCGUCAUUGACAACCUUUGGGACCACGAAAUCGUCGAGAAUGUCUUACAAAGCCUUAGCAGUUGGGAGAGAAACCCAGGAAAGAGCAGGCCGAAAGAGGAGAGGGAAAGCGGCCAUCCGGGCAUGAGUGCGGUAGCGGCAGACCUCGUUGAAGCAGCGAGAGCCAUUGCCGUGGACCCAUUUGCGGAGAGCCCUUUCAUGGAGAAGGCUAUCGAGGAGGGACUGGCGAGCGAAGGAGGCAAGCUAGAUGAUAUCAGCGUGGUUGCUGCUUUGUGUGUCGAGAACAAGUGA